AUGGYGACUUCAAGAAAACAGUAUGUGUUGGCCAGACCUGUUUACUCUGAGGACAGCUUUGCUGAAGAACAUGAGAAAAUCCACAGAAAACACAAAACCUUUGCAAACAACGUUAAGGAAUAUCUGACCUGUGAUGCAAAACGGGCCAAAAAUGCAGCGCUCUCUUUUUUACCCAUCAUCGGCUGGAUGAGGACUUACAGAGUCAGAGAGUGGCUGCUGGGUGAUGUGGUUUCGGGGAUCAGCACUGGACUGGUGGCCAUCAUGCAAGGACUUGCCUUUUCUCUGAUGGCCUCGUUGCCCCCAGUCUAUGGCCUUUACACAGCAUUUUUCCCAAUGUUAACAUACUUUAUAUUUGGAACUUCAAGGCACAUAUCUGUAGGCUCUUUCCCUGUCCUCAGUCUAAUGGUAGGGGCUGUGGUGAUACGCCUGGUUCCUGAAGAAGGACCACAUGCAAAUAUCACAGACUUUGAAGGUCUGAGCGAAGACCAGCGUCGAGUCUUGGUGGCCUCUUCUGUAACAUUCCUCAUGGGGAUUUUUCAGCUUGCCAUGGGUGUUCUACAGGUGGGCUUUAUAGUUGUGUACCUGUCUGACACUCUAGUGUCUGGCUUUACCACAGCAGCUGCUGUUCACAUCUUGGUAUCCCAGCUCAAGUUUGUGCUGGGGUUGACUGUUCCAGGAAUCAAUGGUCCAUUAUCUAUAAUAUAUACCUUGGAAAAGAUCUUUGUUCAGAUCACCUCCACCAAYAUCUGUGACCUGGUGAUGUCUAUAGUGAUUAUGAUAAUGGUGUUCAUYGUGAAGGAGUUAAGUGACAGAUACAAAGCCAAGCUACCAGUUCCCAUACCCAUUGAGGCCAUAAUGACGAUUAUAGCUUGCGGAGUAUCUUACGGCUUUAACUUUAAGGACAGGUAUAAUGUUGAAAUUGUUGGCAAAAUGGUUAGCAGGUAUGAGUCUCCCAUUCCACCCAGUAUAGAAGUCUUUCAGGAGAGUGCUGUAGAGGCCUUCCCUAUAGCCAUUGUGGGAUUUGCUGUUGCCUUCUCUGUUGCCAAAGUCUACUCUAUCAAACAUGAUUACACCAUUGAUGGCAACCAGGAACUUAUUGCAUUUGGGAUAAGCAAUAUGUUUGGCGCAAGCUUUAGAUCAUUUGCAGCCAGCACAGCACUCUCCAGGACUGCAGUGCAAGAGAGCUCAGGAGGAAAAACACAGAUUGCAGGAAUGGUCUCAGCCAUGAUGGCAAUGAUCGUAACAGUGGCGAUCGGUUUUUUGCUGGAACCACUUCCCAGAUCUGUUUUGGGUGCCUUGGUGAUCAUCAACCUGAAGGGGAUGCUUAUGCAGUUCAGAGAAAUACCAUACCUAUGGAGGAGGGACAAGCCAGAGUGUGUGGUGUGGAUUGGAACGUGCCUGGGUGCCAUCUUGUUGGGACUGGACCUUGGUUUGGUUGUGGGACUGGGUGUGGAGCUGCUCACUGUCAUCUUCAGGGUUCAGUUCCCCCAUUGUUCCAUCUUGGCUAAUAUCCCUGGUACUGACUUGUACAGAAAUCGCAAAGAUUACCUGGAGAUAUUUGAACCAAAAGGAAUAAAAAUCUUCCGCGUACCUUCACCAAUCUUCUUUGCCAACAUUGAGUUCUUCAGGAACAAGCUGUUAGAAGCUGUUGGAUUUAACCCUCUGAGGGUUUUGCGGAAGAGGAACAAGGCCCUCAGAAAACUUCAAAAACUGCUGCAGAAAAGAGAUCAGAAUAUUACAGAGAAAGGAAUAAUGAAAUUGUUCUGCCAAACAAAUGAUGACUCUACAGUGAACAUGGCAGAGAUGGACCUGUCAAAAGAUUUCAAGGACCUCCCGCUCCACAUAAACUGGAAUGCUGAGUUUCCUUCUGAGAUCAGUGUUCCCAGAGUGGAUCUCCACAGUCUGAUCCUGGACUUCUCUGCUGUCUCCUUCCUGGACAUUUCCAGCUUGAAAGGACUCAAAAUAGCAUUCAAAGAGUUUAUCCAAAUUGGAGUAGACGUUUACAUCGUUUCGUGUGAUGCCUUAAUCGUGGAGAAACUACACAACUGCAUGUUCUUUGAUGAUAAGAUCCUGACCUCCAUGUUCUUCCCAACCCUGCAUGAUGCCAUGCUGCAAGCACUUGACAAACACAGAGAGCAAAGCAGAGACUGUGUGUUAAAAAACACCAAACUGUAG